AUGAUUGCCAAUGAACUCAAGGAUGUGUCGUCGUUGUUAUCGUCGGAAUAUGAUGAAUCAUCAAGUGCUGGGGAAGAAUCGGAAUUAGAGGAAGCUCAUGAAUAUUUUGAACAGGCUAAAUCAUUCAAAAUAUUAACUAUACCUACUCUAUUUUCAAUCUAUGAUAAUGAUAUCAUCAGUACAACAGUUGAUCAUUCGUUGACAUCUCCGCAUGUACGUGUCAUUGAAUCGGAAAAGAAGAAGAGGAAGGAGUUCCGAUUAUGGUUUAAAUUUCUCAUUUUGAGCACUUGUGGAAUCAUAAUCAAUGAAAUAUUCAAUUAUUUAAAUGAAUCCACGUUAUAUGAAGGUUUCAAUUAUCUACAAUGGAUACCGUAUUCUUUACAAGGUAUAUCUUUCGGUAUAAUAAUCCCCAUCUUAGAUUCAUUGUUGUUCGAAGAUAUAGAUGAAAAUGGAUGUAGUUUCAAAUCUAUCAUAGGGACAUUUAAUAUAAUUUUAGGCAUAGCAUAUGGGAUUAGAACUAUAAGUUGGGAAUCUAAGAUGCAAAUGUCAAUUGCUUGGUGUCUUUUAAAUUUCAUACUAUGGUUAUUUUUAGAUAAUGGUACCCUUUCUACUAUAUUACUUUGGAUUAGUAGCAGCCUAUUUGGAAUAACUAUACGAUAUGUUACUGGUAUUUAUGUAUAUCCCAAUGGGGGUGAUCGGUUAUAUUUUAUGAACUCCUUGUGUGCAAAUAUAUUAAUAUUUGGGAAACUAGGUAGAUAUUUAUUUCAGUAUUGA